GUGUAGCCUAUGACCUUUGCCCUGUUGUAUUUGGUUGGGUUCCAUGAGCUUGUGCCCGGGAGCCGCCAUGCGACUUGCUGGAACCUGGACGUGGUUCUUGCUUUCCUUACCAAACCAAGCGAGACACACCGGGAAACCUCGUAGCACUGUCUCACCAUUUUAUUGCUCACUAUGUUACCGACCUCGCCAAAGAAUUUAAGGCAUUUAUGCUCUUGAUUGGCAAAUAAGGGAAGCGGCUCACCAGGAAUCUACAGCUCAAGCCAUGGGAACUCGGUGAACACAGGAUCAUGUGCUUUAGAUCCUACAGGAUGGCUUCUUCCUGUUUGACCAGAGUAAAAACUUACAGGUCUCCUUGGAAGAGAUUAUACAGUACUUCACAAACAACAGUUGACAGCAGGGAGGUCAAAAACUUCCUGGCCCUGGCUCACACGUGGUGGGACGAGUGUGGAAAGUUUGCACCUCUUCACUCUAUGAAUGACCUGCGCGUGCCGUUCAUUAGAGACAAUCUUUUGAAAACAAGUGCUACUCACCAUCCAGGAAAGCCUUUAUCUGGGAUGAAGAUUCUUGAUGUUGGCUGUGGCGGUGGGUUGUUAACUGAACCUCUAGGACGGCUAGGAGCUUCAGUUGUCGGAAUCGACCCCGUGGAUGAGAUGAUUAGGAUAGCACAGCACCAUAAAUCAUUUGAUCCAGUCCUGGAUGAGAGGGUACAGUACAAAGUGUGUUCCCUGGAGGAGAUUGUGAAUGAGAGUACAGAGUCUUUCGAUGCUGUUGUGGCUUCUGAAGUUCUAGAGCAUGUGAGCAACCUUGAACUGUUCGUCCAGUGCUGCUAUCAAGUAUUAAAACCUGGUGGCUCUCUAUUCAUUACUACAAUAAACAAAACACAACUGUCGUAUGCCUUGGGAAUUGUUUUCGCAGAGAGAAUUGCAGGCAUUGUUCCAAAAGGCACUCACAUGUGGGAGAAGUUUGUUUCACCUGAAAAGCUAGAGAGUAUCUUGGAACCAAAUGGUCUGUCGGUUGAAACUGUGGCAGGAAUGGUCUAUAAUCCUUUCUCAGGUUUCUGGCAUUGGAGUCAAAAUACCAGCCUUAACUAUGCAGCCCACGCUGUGAGGUCCAGGGCUCAGGAACACCAGGAGCCUGCUGAGUCUGCCUUAAAGGGGGAAAUGGAAGCACUCCAUGCUAAUGCCUCCAGUAGCCCGAGUGGACAUGCAGCAGAAAUAUGAGAUUCCUCCUAGGACGGUAGUAAACAUGCUUGAAAUUGUGUUGUUUACAAAUUAAAAAAAUCUUACUCCUUUUUGGGAGAGAUUUUGGAGAACAAAAGGUCAAUAAAAAUAUCUAAAUCAA